UCUUACUAGACCAAUAGACGGACUUAGACCAUUAACACAUGUACACAUGCUACUAUAAAAGGAGUCACGCGAAAGAAUACAUUCUUUCUAGUAUAGCUUCAUCUUCACAGUAAUUUUGGAAAUGUUUCAAUUACUUGAUGGACGAAGGUUAAGGCAUUUGUAGCGGCAGUAAUUGACGUGUCAGUGCAAUUGCAAAUGGCGGGCACCAAUGGUGACAUUUCCUCAGUGGAGAGGAAAAUCGAAAAAUUAGGAAUAUCUGCGAGUGAAUCAACAAAAAAUGAGGAUGAUACAGAAAGAGAGAAAUGGGCCGAACGUCGUCUUUGGGGUUUUGAAACCAGAGAACUGUAUAAAAUGGCAGUUAAUUUCUACAAAGAAAAAGAAGGAAAAGCAGUUCACCUGUCUUAUGAAGAUAAAUUAAAAUUGGUUGCUUUUACACAACAAGUAACACAUGGAAAAUGCACAGCAGAGAAUGCACCGCCUUUAGGGGUAUUGGAUGUGAUAGGAAGAGAUAGACGUUUGGCAUGGCAGAAUUUGGGAGAUAUAUCCAAGGAGCAAGCUAUGGAGGGAUUUAUAGUUUUAUUAGACAAAUUAUGCCCUUUGUUUGGAACAGUUGUAGAAGCACAGAGAAGGGAUAUCGAAGAAAAAUUACGACUGAAAAAAGAAGAAGAGGCAAGAAAAUUGGAAGAGGAGAGAAGGUUAAAGGAGUUAGAUGAACAAAAAAAGAAAGAAGAAGAAGCUAGAUUAAAGGAAGAGUUACAGAGGAGACAAAUUCAAGAUGCCUUAAAUCAACAAACAUAUUAUCAGUUUAAAAUGUAUGCGGAACAACAGUAUCCUGGAAAUCCAGAGCAACAAGGUGUUUUAAUAAGGCAAUUACAGGAACAACAUUAUCAUCAAUAUAUGCAGCAAUUGCGUCAGAACCAAUCAGUUGUAGAAAGUCAGGCUUCAGAUGCAAACAAUACCACAACAGAAGAUCCUCAAAAGGAAGAGAAGAAUAAAGAGACUGAUGAAACAGCACCAUUAAAUGAAGAAGACUCAGAUGAACAGCAAGAAGAUUGGCCACAAAUAGCUCCUGCAGAAAUGUGGACCAUCAAAGGUGUUGAAGAAUUUAAGGAAACCAUCAGGAGGGAAGCUGGUGAUGCAGUUAUUAAAGUUGGACAUGGGGAGACAGUGACUGUUAGGGUACCGACACAUCAAGAUGGCUCGUGUCUGUUUUGGGAGUUUGCAACAGAUGGCUAUGAUAUUGGUUUUGGGGUAUAUUUUGAGUGGUCGAAGCCAGAAACAAGUCAGGUGUCAGUACAUAUUAGUGAGUCGGAGGAUGAAGAUGAAGAAGAUGAGGAUUAUGUCUUGAGGGAAGAUUUGGAGAGUGGUGUAACGAAUGGUAGUGUUCAGUCUGAUUAUAAACCAUCGUCACCACCUAUAAGUGUGAUAGUACCUGUAUAUAGGAGAGAUUCUCAAGAAGAAAUCUAUGCUGGAAGUCAUAGAUACCCAGGGCAGGGAGUGUAUCUUCUUAAAUUUGAUAAUUCAUAUUCACUCUGGCGAAGCAAGACGCUUUAUUAUAGGGUCUAUUACACUCAAAAUUGCUACGAAAAUUAGUUUUAUGGAAAG